GCAAAAAAAUUUCACGUGCCUCGAUAACUGUCUAGGGUUUCAAAAUCGCUCAAAAAAAAAUUGUCACAAUUUCACUGCAACCCCAAAAACCAACAGAGGAGAGGUUUUUAAAGAAAGAAAGAAAACAGGAAUUAUAUGUAAGGGAUGGCAGGGAAAGAAGAGAACCGAAUAUUUGUCGGAGGAUUAUCAUGGGAUGUCACGGAACGACAGCUUGAGCAUGCGUUUAAUCGCUUUGGCAAAAUACUUGAUUCUCAGAUCCUGUGGGAAAUGAGUCAGGUCAGAGUUCUAUAUUAUCAGAUCAGAAAAGGAAAAAUGUGCAGUAUCUUCUGUUUUGUUUUAAGAAUCUUUGCAAUAUCAAACACAUAUGGAUGCUUUAUCCACUAUAACAAGGAGAAAAUCAUGUUGGAAAGAGACACAGGACGUCCACGAGGAUUUGGCUUUAUUACAUUUGCAGAUCGCCGGUCCAUGGAUGAAGCUAUCAGGGAGAUGCAUGGACGAGAGUUUGGAGAACGUAUCAUCUCAGUGAACAAGGCUCAACCCAAAAUGGGCGAAGAUCUUGACCAUGGCUAUAGAGGAGGUUACUCAUCAAAUGGCAGGGGAGGCUAUGCAGGUGGAGACAGGCCUGUAGCACAGGAUGAAUGCUUCAAAUGUGGGCGCUUUGGGCACUGGGCACGAGAUUGCCCUUCAGCUGGUGGUGGCCGAGGUGGGAGUGGAGGUAUCUUUUCUUCACGUUCAAGGUAUGGAGGAGCUGAUGACCGCGGUGAUCGCUUCAGAGAUCGGGAUCGUUAUGUGGAUGACCGUUAUGAUGGUGGACGCUAUGGAGAUAGGGACCGUUUUGAUGGCCGAGAUGAUAGAUAUGGAAGCCGUGAUCGAUAUAUUGGUGACAGGUAUCCCCCAAGUGGAGAUCGAUUUGGUGAUCGAUAUGGUGGUUCAGAUCGUUUCCCUCAAAAUGGUUAUGGAAAGGAGAGAGGGUAUCGAGAUGUUGCCUCGAGAGGCAGUGAUAGGUACGGAAGUGGAGGACCUGCACGCAAUGAUGGAAGAAGCUACAGGAACAGGGCUGGUCCUUAUGAUCGCCCAGGCAGAGGAGGGCGCCCUUCUUCCUUUGACCGCUAUUAAGCGUUCUGAAUAUGUUCUUUGAACUUUUAGGUCUUAACAGUAUGGCAGGUUCGAAUCUGUCUUCUUCCAAAGUCGAUAAAAUGGAACAAAAUAAGUCUGACUGUGGGGUCACAGCUGCACUGAUGAGAAGUUAAUAUAAAAGAGGGGUAGAACAUUUUUUUGGAAAUUUAGGACACUGGACAUCAAACUUCAAACCAUUAAUGACAACCCAAUUGGAAUGCCAAUCCAUUGACUAGUCAUUGUUAUGUAUACUCUGCUAAUGACAACCCAAUUGGAAUGCCAAUCCAUCGAUUAGUCAUUAUCAUGGAUACUCUGCAUCCAAACUUUUCAACCGUGAGGAUUGAGUGUACUUCCUUUUUCUAAUAAACUACCAAAAAAACAAAAAUAAAAAAUAAAACUCACGUGGGUUCUUCACUUCUUUGUGUAAACACACUGACUUUAGAUUGCUUGGUGACGGAAAUUAGCAGAAUAU